AUUCGGAGCCUGAGAAGUUGUGCUAGAGAAAAUGAAAUACGUGGUAUUUAUAGCCGUAUCCUGCUUAGUAGCCGCUUAAUGAGGAAACGUGCUGCUUACGAGCUUCCAGACUGUUUUUGUGUGACUGCAACUAUGUGUGGGUACUAUGCUGACAUAGAAAACAACUGCAACAGUUUCCACAUUUGUGAGCCUAGGAUUCGAGAAGACGGAACCACAGAAACUUUACAGUUUAGCUUCUUCUGUGAAAACCAGACAGUCUUUGACCACGUUUCACUAACUUGUGCUCACCCAGAGGAUGUCGUGUCUUGUGCUAGCGCACGUGAAUUUUACAGUCUUAACAAUAACAUUGGUAUUCCAGACGCUCCAUCCUUAACUGAAAAAUAUCUGAAGAGAUCAGCUACUCCUCCGCCUAAGAAAAAAGAAAGUGACAUUAGGUUGAUCUACAAACGGUUCGUCUUUUAUCGUCAUACAUCAACAGCAAUGAUGAAAUACGUGUUUUUUGUGGCUUCAAUGUUCUUGGCGAUUACUUUUUCAUUUCCACGGGUAAAACGUGAGGCCUAUGAUCUUCCAGCUGGAGCAGAUGAGAUAAUAAAAAAACAGAUAAUUACAAGUUUUAGCUGCGAGGGUUACAAUUAUGGAUACUACGCUGACAUAGAAAACGACUGUAAGAUUUUCCACGUUUGCCUUCCUCAAACGCUGCCCAAUGGAGAGCAGAUUGUUUCUCAUUAUAGUUUCUUCUGUGGAAACCAGACAGUUUUCAACCAACUUACACUUACUUGUGCUUUCCCAGAAGAGGCCGUGCCCUGUGGCAAAGCAUCUGAGUUUUACAAUGUCAACGACAACAUUGGAAUUGAAGACGCUUUAUUUUUAACUGAUGAUGUUGUGCAAAGGGCAAAUGCUUUGAUUUACGAAUUUGGGUCUCGUCUAAAUGGAAAAUAAACUGUUGGGGUGAAGGGGUCACAAACCACCAAGCAGGCUAUACAGAACGUAUUCCAGCUAGGGUUGUCACAAUUCUUAUUUAAUGUGUCACUAAUAAUGAAAGCUUUAAAGUAAACUUAUUUGUUACUUUAUUUUAUGUUUCAAAUGAACUGAGUUUCAUCUUAAUCCAAAAUUCCAAUAUGUGAAGUAAGAGCCAAUUUAAUGUGUUAGAACAACAAUAUUUUUGUUUCAUUAUGCACUGUAUUGUCUUCUAACUGGGUUUAAUUUUCUUAAACUGUCAUGGUUUAAGGUACAUAUAUUUGGUUAAACUUCAAACAGUUGAACAUUUUGUUAAGCUUUUUUUCUAAUGGUCUAUUUGUGUAUUAC